AUGCAGUCCCCGUCGCAGCAGGCGCAGUAUGCUGCGCUGACGGAUGUGCAUGCUCGCGGUCCGCCACAGCAACAAGUCCCCUUCAUUCCGCUCCACCACCUCUCUCCUCUGCCGCCGCUGUCGCAACCAUAUCCGCCUCCCGCCCACUUCUACCACCCCAGCGCCCUCCUGCACCCCGCCUCGAUGCCACCCAAUCCCGAAGCAACGGACACUCUGAUGCACUACCCCGCGCCGUCCCCGCCGGUGGCGACGCCGACAACGAUGGUGAUGGGGCCCAGGCAGAACAAGGACGUCAAGCGGCGCACCAAGACGGGGUGCUUGACGUGUCGCAAGCGGAGAAUCAAGUGUGAUGAAAGUCACCCCACGUGUCGGAAUUGCGACAAGAGCGGCCGGGACUGUCUGGGCUACGAUCCCAUCUUCAAGCCACACUCCGCCCAUCCUGCCAUUCAGCCCGCGCCGCCGUCGAACACCUCUUCCCUUGCCUCACCCACCACCCCGACCGCCUAUAACGCGCCGCCCGCAUACCCCGGCUUCGGUGCGAGUCUCGACACCUCCUCGUUAGACCCGGCUUUGACGGCCACCGACUCCCCUCUCCUCUUCACAUCUGCUCACCCUCUGCAUUCAACCGCGCUGUUGCCGGCGAGAAUGGUCAUGCCGAUUCCCAUCGACCACCUAAUCUCCCUGGAUCACCUUCCGCCCCAACAUCAGCCUCAACCCGGAUUCCCUCCCAAUCCAGCAAUCCCGGCGCACGAAAUUGACGACCUCUUCCGACUUCACUUCGCCCAAGGCCUCGACAAGCUCUUCGAGACUCACUGGUAUUCAUCUCACGGCCUUGCCAAUGUCCAGCAGGAUGCCUCACUACGUGGCCUCAUCACACACUGCAUGGAGCAAUUCCAGUCCCACGACCCUUCUGCCGUCCCCGCCAUCCAAGCACUAGAGGCACGCUUGGUGUGGCAAUUGGCCAUCAUGCCUCACCAACCACUCUCCAGCAACGUCUCGACUACAGAAAAUAAUGCCCGCCAACCCGCACCAGACCUUCUCCAAAGGAUAGAUACCGUGGAAGCGUUGCUCACCGGCCACUAUCUGCCCCCCAAUAGAAUCCCUCCGCCCCCGCGAUCCGACGAGAAGGAUCCCCUCAAAUACAACGAAGACCAAUUCUGGCACCACCUCGCCACCUUGACUUCCCUUCACGAUGACGACGCUUCCGAUCCCAACAUCCACCAAUCCAUCGACGACGCAUUCGUGGGUAUGCGCGCCAUCCUCGGCAUGAUGGAGAACAGAGACGUGCUCUACUCCAUCGCCGUCGCUCGCCACUUUGGCGGCAGACAUCCCGACUUCCACCCGCGCCAGCAGCUUGCGGUGUCGGAUUCCAACGCAGAGGAACUGGAGAAGCUGGAGGUGGCGAGGAAGUUUAUUGAGGCGGAGGAUCAGCGGGGGACGACGCAGGUUGUGCAGCGGAUAUGUGGACUUGCUAUCCGCUGCUGGGCGUUGCAGAGGCGGCCGUAG